GCGAAGAGAGCCGACCUUGGUGACCCUCAAUUCGUGGACUGCGAGCAGGUGCUUACCGAAAUGACCUCUACGGAAACAGCCGAAACAGCGAAGGGCAAGAUAAAUGACUCUCGCACAUUUGGUAACCUAGAAUACUACGGCUAUACCUACGGGAUUGCGCGACAUGACCAAGGAAAUGCACACGCCACCUUUUGGUAUCGGGACGACAUCGUCAUCGCUGUGUCCAGCACAAUAAACCAUCCCUUCGGAAGCUGGAUACGCACGAACUCCGGAGUAAUACUCAACAACCAGAUGAAUUCAUUCUCGACACCAGGCGAGACAGAAAGAAACGAGAAAAGUCCAUCCACUGCGAAUUACAUCGCUCCAAGGAAGCGUCCCAUGUCAUCCAUGGCACCCACUGUGGUAGUGGGCAGUGAUGGCAAAGCCGUGCUUGCCCUGGGAGGAACUGGCGGAUCUUUCCUUGCCUCAGGAAUCGCAAUGGUCACAACACGGGUGCUUUGGCAAUGCAACAUGAUCAGUGACUCCAUUGACAAACCGAGGCUCCACAACCAGCUCGUCCCCAGUGAUCUUAUGGUUGAACCUUCCUACCCUCAGGACAACAUAACGGCGCUGAAAAACCUGGGCCACAACGUGACCAAGCGCUGCGGAAUGUUCAACAUUGUGUCUGGAGUGCAGCAAAAAGAGGGACGCAUCUAUCCGUACUCUGACCCGAGAAUUCCCUACGUCGAAGAGAGCAAAUGAAAAGUUGUGCGUCGCAUCCGUAAACGCUGGAGCGUACGCGUGUAGUGUAUUAUAUGCAUUCAUCAGUCUUGAAUUGGCUAACAGUGUGGUGGCAAACUAACACACUGUGAGUUAACUAACAGUGUGUUAGCUAACUUUGCUAGCACUGCAUGUUUUACAAAAGCAAUUCAUCCCUCUCAUAACGGAAGGUUUAUCUAUGUGACAUUCGUGGUCUGGUCCGACAGUAUCCCAUCGGCGAACGUAGAUUUACGCCAACUCAACGAGAAAAAAUGUCUAUUUAUUCGUACCUUUGACACGUAAAACGAUCACCCCCAUAAAUAAAUAAAUGAUUAAAACAAAAGUUUCAUUGGCGGGGCUGAGUUUAAAUCCAGUCCACACGACUUGAAGGAAAGUACCUUAGCCACUAUACCUCAAACCCACACUUACUGAUAGUGAAUGUAGCUGAACCCUGCGAAAGUCUGGUACGCGUGGUGAAAAGAGAACACUUUCUAUCAAAGCUUCGUUGAUUUUAGUGUAGUGGAAUAAAAGUCUCUCCAGCACAAUUCUUAAAACCGACAUGGAGGAGUGUACAUAUAAGCAAAAUUUAUAUUUCUUCCAAAUUUACUACCUAACUCGCCUUUCGGUGGUUGCGGGAUACGCCUUUUGUGGGGGCCAUUCCAGACGCUGACGAACACUGGAAAAUAUUUCAAAGACGCCAUAGAUGGAGAUGCCGCCCAAAAACGGCGUUCUAGGGACGGGCUCAACGUACAUUAAAUGCCCACGCUAUCGCUUCGCUUGGGCAGCUUCCAAAUUAGAUUGUCUGUGCAUUUUUAACAGCGGAGCAGUCUAAGCUUGGCAAACGCCGAUUCGCCUCUACAUAUAUCAUCAUCAAGAGUGCGUGCAACGCAAUAACUCGGCCCGCGCGCGCUCUCUUUGCCCUCUUUUUCGUCUUCUGCUUUGCUUCCCGAGCAAGUGCGCCUGGCGCGCGGUUUUACGCUACGCCGAUUUGUCCGGCGUGCGAGGCAAUAACUCAAAUGGGCAAGAGAGAGAGAUAAGAUUCUUUAAUGAAAUGACCGGAGAGGUUAGCCUGGUUUGUCGCCUGGCUUGCUACUCCAGGUGAUGGGCAAGAGAACGAGUACAGAGAGAGAGAGAAAGAAAGAGAUAAGAAGAAAUACAAAGAGAAAAUUUAGAGGAAUAACGAGAAGAAAGAGAAAAAAGAUACAAAGACAGAGAAAGAAAUAGAGAGAGGAAGAGACAGAAAGAAAAGGAGACGAGACAUACAGAGAGAUAGCAGGAAGGAAAGAAACAGGAGAAAUAUAGAAAGGGCGAAAGAGAAAGAAAUAGAGAAAAAGAAAGAAAUGAAGAAAACAGAUAAAAAAAGAGAUAGAAAAAUAGAGAGAGCGAGAAAGAAAGAAAUAUAAAAAUUUAAGAAAAAAAAACAAGGAAGGCCGCCCAGCUCCGCUGUUAGUGCAAGUAACACUAGUGCAAUCUGUGCAUUUUCUUUUUGUAAGGAACAACAAUAUCCUAUUGUAUAAAUAACCUAUCAAACAGAUUACCAGAGCACAAGCAUUUGAUCUUUAACCGGUCACCACACGAAGACACGCUUCCGGGCAAGUUCUUGUUUCACAGUUGCUGCUAAGAAGUUGCGAGAGCUUCCAGAACAGAAUUCUGUUAAAAGUUUUUGAAAACACCACGUAAUGUACUCACCAUCGUGCAAGCGGUGUUUUCUACAUCUUUGCAACUAAACUCCCCGUUUGUGGACACCA